GUAGUGCGACAGUAUUUCCACCACACUGCGGUGCUGUCAGCAGUUCCUGAUUGGGGCAGUGUGAGUGACCGGCUGAUCAAUAACUGGACUAAUUCAGUUUCAGUUUCAGUUUUGCAGCGCUGUCAGUUUUGAUCAGUGCGGGCGGUCCGAGCCGCUCAUUCCUGCGGCUGAUACUGACAGGAUAAGACCCGCUUCACUGACUGAGAGACGGACUCCAGUUUCUGAGCAUGUCAGUAAUCCAGAUCUGUCACUCCAUAACCCCGUUCCUUUGGCGUGGAGUGGAAAUCGUCAAAAAGAAGUUACCAAACAGAGUGUGGGAGUUCCUGUUAUGGGCAUGGUACAAAGUAAUCCAGAUCCCUAUCAGACUCUGUGACUCGAUAGCCCCGUUCCUUUGGCGUAGAGUGGAAAUCGUCAAAAAGAAGUUACCAAACAGAGUGUGGGAGUUCCUGUUAUGGGCAUGGUACAAAGCUGCAGGGCCAAUCCGUUUUCACCUGCUGGUCUUUGGAAAUACCUUAAAUUGCGAUAAAGAAUUCAUGAAAAAUCUCAGUAUCGGUGCUUACCUUCGCCAAGAGUCCUUGGUGGAUAAAAGUGAUGUCAUUGUAGCUUUUGUCACCAUUGUGUCUCGAGCUGGAACGGACAUAGAAACUGCUCUUCAGACGAUUUCUGCGAGCCGGCCUGUCAUUCUAGUGGUUCUCCACCACACGUUUGAUGCAGAAUUCGUUGCUCCAGACAGCAGACUGAAUGUUAACAGGAGUGAUGUGUUCACCGUGGACUGUCUGUUUCAUGAAGACCGAGGGCUGCUGAACUGCCGCCGUAACAUAAAGGCUUGCAAAGAAACAGCAGAGCAUCUGAGUGCCGUCAAGUGGGGGACGAGGUUGCUGGUGUGAUGAAAUCUGGCGGAACAGAAGAAUGCUGGGACGUCUGUUUACUCAAGGCUACAUAUAUAUAUAUAUAUAUAGAGAGAGAGAGAGAGAGAGAGAGAGACAGUUUAUACAAUUCAGCGAGAUCCUAGUUUGUACAUAAUGCCUGUCAUAUGAUAUGCAGUCAUAUUCAAACAUUUAGUUCUACAUUUUGAUGAUUUUCUACGUGAAAAUAAGUUAACAAAUCCUCUACAGAGAGUUAUGGUGCAUUUUAUAUUUUAUGGUAUAUUUUUUCCAAAAUGUCAAAUUGUGCACUACAGGUUGCAGAAUAAUGGUAUAUUUAAGUCUGUCUCUUUAGAGGAUUGUUCACUUAUUUUACUUAGAAAAUCAACAGAACAUAUUGACAAACAUUUCACUACACUGUUAGAAAUAAAGGUUCUGUUCAGGUACAUUUUCCAUUCAUCAAGAUACAAACAGUGUAAAUGUU